UCCAUCCAUCCCAUGACCUACCUACCUACCUCGUGUCGAGUCCACACACAAAAAGUAGUAAGUAAAAAAUCGACCGGGGGGUGGGAGAAAGAAAGUGGGGGAACCUAUAACAUGCGACAACGAUGGUGUGAUGCAUCCACCCUGAAUUAAAGCCCUUUCUUUCCCUGGAAAUGGAUCUCUGUUUCCCCUACCUAGUAGGUAGGUAAUCUACCUACUACGGAGUACGCACCAACCACCCAUGUCCCUGAAAGCCCGCAUAAAGAUCGAGGUGUUCUGUCCAAUCAGCCGAGGAGGAAUUUACUGGUUUGUUGUCUGUGGGUUGCCGAAGUAUCGGUCUUCGAUGAGAUUCGCCUUGCUUCUGUUGGUUUUCUUUAUUUUUCUUUAUUUUCUCUUCAUCUUUCUUAUGUUGGAUUUUUUCUUCUUCUUGUUUUGCACUGUCUCCUGCAGUUAUGAGUCACUGGUCUUUGGAUUCAAGUCUGGGGUUGGUGCCAGCGGAGUCCAGUCUCCGCUGGGACACAAAAGCACUUCGUUACUUGCAUAAGUCCACUUUUAGUACUACUACCGUGUGGUUGUACUAUACCUACAAAGUCACUACUAUUGCUACCUAUACCAGUAGUACCUAGUUAGUAGUUAAACUAG